GUGCCGCCCAUUCCCCUUCAAGUUCAAGAAGUUCAAGUAGCAAUACAAACACAACAAAUACAACAAAUUCUUUUAUUAAUUCAAUAAAUUCUUUAAAUAAUACAAAUAAUUGUUUACGUCAAAAUACCGAGCCAAUGUUUGCAAUUAACGGAGAUUUAAAUCCCCACCAAAUUGGAUUAAUUAAAAGAGCUUGGAAAAAUUUAUUAAAAUCUGUUGGGGAGGAUGAAAAUGAAAUUGCUGUAAAAUUAUUGUUGAGAAUAUUUCAAUUAGAUUCUCGAAAUUUGGAUUAUUUUUCUUUAAAUGAAUUUUGUAGUAGUAAUCCUUUUGAUGAAUAUUUAAUUAGAGAAAAUAAUGUUUUUAUUUGUCAUGUUAAAACAUUUGAAUCAACAUUAAUUAAUAUAAUGACACAUCCUGGAAAUGCAACUAAAUUAUCUAAACAUUUACAACAACUUGGGGGUAGACAUGUUAAUUAUACUGGUGUUACUUAUAAAUGUUCUUAUUGGAAGUGUUUUAUUCAAUCAUUAAUUGAUAUUUUAACAUUAAAAAGAGAAAAUGGCAACAAAAAUACCUCAGAAGAUUUAAUUGAAGCUAUUUUAAUUCUUGGAGAAUUUUGUGUAGAACAAAUGAAAAUUGGGUAUAAAAUUGAAUAUAAAUUACAGUGUGAAGCUGAAAAAUUGGCAAAAAUACAGAAAAGAAGAAAAAAAUAA